AUGCCAAGAAUAGUAAAUGAUGUUUUUCGACCUCCUAUCAAUUGUGAUUUUUGCAGACACGUGCAAAAUAUACCAAAAUUGACAAAAUUAAGUCAAGAGGACUUCGAAGAUAAAUUCGCUUAUAGUGGCGCACCCGUUAUUGUUCAAGAUGCUACAGAUUCUUGGUUGGCUACAUCAAAAUUUAGCUAUGAAUUUUUUAAGAACUUGUAUUCUUCAACGAGCAACACUAGAACUUCGCGGGAUUGCCAAUUCUUUCCAUAUGAAACAGAAUUUGAAAACUUGUAUCAGGUGUUUAAUAUGAGCACAGAAAGAUCACUGUUAAAACCAGGUACUAAACCUUGGUACAUAGGCUGGAGCAAUUGCCAAGAUUCAGCAGCUCUCGAAAUGAGAUCUUUGUACUCUCGACCAUACUUUUUGCCAAAAACAUCUGGUGAACCUACUGCUACUGAUUGGAUUUUCAUGGGAGGACCUGGCAAAGGUGCACAUCUCCACUUGGACAAUGUAAAUCAUCCUUCAUGGCAAGCUCAAAUCAGAGGAAAAAAACGAUGGACCAUUAUUCCACCGCCAGAAUGCUAUUUUCAAUGUUCUGGAGAAAUUAUUGCCGAUGUUUAUCCAGGAGAAAUAAUUGUAUUGGAUACAGAUAUUUGGUUUCACCAAACAGAAAUUUUACCAGGUGAUAUCAGUAUAACUAUUGGUGCAGAAUACGAUUAAAUCGAUCGUCAAGACUCUCAGGUGACACUACAAGCACUCCAUGGUGUCCAAUCAUCCCACCGCCUGGUUUUUACGUCUCGAACAGGUUUCGGGCUAACAGACAC